AUGCCCGCCCUGGCCCCCGCCAAGCUCCCCUCGGUCGAGUUCACCAAAGUCCUCGACGCCCCGCUCGCGUCGCCCCGCGUCAACAACCCGCAACAGCACGGCCCGUACGGCUACAACACGGGAAUCGACUGGUACCACCAUGCCCGACUCGAGUCGCACACCCACGCCGCCCACUCGGGCGCAGACCCGGGUGGCCUUUACCUCCGCUGGCUCCAGCCCCUCGAGUCGGACCUCGCUCGCCAGGUCGAGUACGACAUGGACGACCAGGACCAGCUCUGGCUCGACGCCCUCAACCGCGACCGCAAGCGCGACGGCCUCGCCCACAUCUCGUACGAGGUCUUCGAGGUCAUCAUGGACAAGAUCGAGAAGGAGUGGUUCGACCUCACGCGCAACAUCCCCAAGCGCACCAACGCGCUCCCGAGCGAGGACAGCAAGUGCGCCAUCUGCGACGACGGCGAGUGCGAGAACGCCAACGCCAUCGUCUUCUGCGACGGCUGCAACCUCGCCGUCCACCAGGACUGCUACGGCGUGCCCUACAUCCCCGAGGGCCAGUGGCUGUGCCGCAAGUGCACCGUGUCGCCGCACAAGCCCGUGUGGUGCGUCCUGUGCCCGGGCACGUACGGCGCCUUCAAGCAGACGACGACGGGCCAGUGGGCCCACCUCUUGUGCGCCAUCUGGAUUCCCGACACGAGCGUCAGCAACACGGUCUACAUGGAGCCCGUCGAUGGCAUCGAGCACAUUCCCAAGAGCAGGUGGAAGCUCGUCUGCUACCUCUGCAAGAAGCGCGUCGGCGCCUGCAUCCAGUGCGCCAACCGCUCGUGCUACACGGCGUUCCACGUCACGUGCGCGAGGGAGCACGGCCUGUCGCUCAAGAUGCGCCAGGGCUCGGCCGCGACGGGCGAGCUGAGGGCGUUUUGCGACAAGCAUGGCGAGACGACCCAGCCCCGUACGGCGACGCCCCUCAAGGCCGUCCCCUCGUCGUCGUCGUCCGCGGCGGCGUUCUCAAGCCUCGUCGCACCCGCAUCGGCGACCUCGCACAACCAGAACCAGCUCGUCCUCGCGUCGUCCUCGUCGGCCGAGGCCUCGACCUCGACUGCGCCCGCUCCUGCGCCCGCCGCCGCCGCCGCCGCUGCCGCGCCGGCCGCGCCGUCGCUCCUCAAGCUCACGUUCAAGCUCCCCGUUGACGCCGCCGCUGCCGCAUCGGGCUCGGGCUCGGCGGCUGCUCCUCCCGCCGCCGCCGCCGCCGCACCAGCACCAGGACAAGGAGGAGGCGGCGGCGGCGGCACCAAGUCGGCCCGCGCGUACCAGCCGACCUUUUCUCGCGCGCCGCCCGUCGUGCCGCACAAGCUCGCCGAGCGCAUCGUCGCGUACCUGUCGGCGCCCUCAGCCUCGUCCUCGGCGCGCGCACCCGGUGGCGGCGGCGGGAUCAAGCUCGCCAACAAGAAGGAGGUCGUCAACGUCGUGUGUCGGUACUGGAGCCUCAAGCGCGAGGCGAGGAGGGGCGCGCCGUUGCUCAAGCGGAUUCACCUCGAGCCCUGGACGGCCUCGGCGACGGCACGGCAGCAGUCCGAGGCCGACAAGGCGCACAAGCUCGAGCUCCUGCGCCUCGUGCGCAACGACCUCGAAAAAGUGCGCAUGUUGACCGAGCUCGUGCGCAAGCGCGAGCGCAAGAAGCUCGAGCGCGCGACGUGGAUCCGCACGACGGUCGACGGGUGGGUGUUCCCGAGGGAGGAGGAGAUGCGCAAGGUGCUCGACGAGGUCAAGGCGCUCGACAAGCAGCGCUACUUUGCGCAGCCCGUCGACCGCGACCUCGUGCCCGACUACUACGACCUCAUCCACUACCCGAUGGACUGGGAGACGAUGGGCACCAAGCUCGCGCGGCACGAGUACCUGUCGGGCGCCGAUUCGUCGUGCGGCGACAUCCGCCUCGUCAUCAACAACGCGCGCCGGUACAACACGUCGUCGGCGCCCGUGCACAAGGCGGCAGUCCGCGUCCUGUCGGCCAUCGAGCCCCGUCUCGCCGCCCUCGACGAAGCCGACGACGCCGACGCCGACGCCGACGACCGCGACGCCGCUGCGGCCGACCCGUCGUCGCUCCCGCGCGCGGCGCUCGUCAAGCUCCUCGACGCCGAGGCGCGCGAGCAGCUGUUCGAGUUUGGGUACGACACGGCGGACCCGGAGGGGCGCAAGAGGGCGAGGAGGGACGAGAGGGAGCGCAGGGCGAGGGAGGACGAGGAGGAGAGGGUCAGGGGUGAGGAGGAGGAGCGGGCAAGGGCGCAGGAGGACGAGACGAGGGCGGCCGAGUCGGCGGUGGCAGGUGAGGGCGAUGGCGAUGGCGAGGGUGAGGACGGGACGGGCGACGUCGAGGUCAAGCCCAAGGCGAGGGGCAGGGCCGCCGUCAAGGGCAAGGUCAAGGGCAAGGGCAAGGCGCACGCCAUCGACGUCGAGCCGCCUCUCGAGGACGACGCCGAGGUCGAGCCCGAGCAGGACGAGCCGUCGACCUCGACCGCGCCCGCGCCCACCACCGCGACUAAGGGCCGCAAGCGCACCGCCGCUCUCGCCGGGCUCGACUCGCCCGUCCCGAGCGCGAGGACGCCUCGCACGACCCGCGCCAGCACCUCGGCCGCGACGCCGGCGCCUACGCCGGCGCCGGCCAAGCGGCCGCGCCCGUCGCGCGCUCGUGCAGCGACGCAGGACGAGCCCGCCGAUGACAAGGACGAGGGCGAGGGCGAGGACGUCGUCAUGCAGCCGCCGGCGCCGGCUGCGGGCGACAAGGGGGACAAGGGCAAGGGCAAGGGCAAGGGCAAGGGCAGGGCGGUCAAGCCGCUGCCCAAGGGCUACGCCGGCGUCGAGGUCGUCGAGCGAGCUCCGGCGAUGUCGGCCGCGGCGCGCAAGGAGGCGGCGCUGCUCGAGGACGUCGACCCAAAGGCGUCGUUCAAGCACUUCGAGACUGGGUGGGUCCUGCCCGAGGGCUCUCGUCGCCGUUCGUCCGCCUCGGCGUCCAUGUCGACGUCCGGCACCCCUCGCACGGGCGCCCUCGUCCUCCCGCCGACCCCGUCCACCGUCGACGCCGCCGCGCUCGCUCCACCUCCAGCACCUGCGGGCGCCGCCGCGACGAGGAAGGGCAAGGGCCGGGCCGUCGAGCCUGUCGUCGAGGAGGAGGAGGAGGCCCCGAUCCCGGUCGAGAGCGGCGAGGUCGAGGACGUCAAACCGUCGCCGGCCAAGCGGGCGCGUCAGGACAAGAAGGCGCGCUCGACCGCGCCGGCCGAGACGCCCAGGAAGCAGGGCAAGGGCGCCACACCGGGCCCGACACCGUCGCAGACGCCGCAGCCGGGCAUGUCGGCCGUCCACAUCGGCAAGGCCGACGCCGAGUCGGCGCGCCAGUUCGACAAGCGCAUGCUCGAGCUCCAGUCGCAGAUCGAGAUCACGGCCAAGACGGACCUGACCGAGGGCUACCUGGUCUGGGCUCGCCAACCGCCGUUCCCGUUCUUCCCUGCCGAGGUCGUCGACCCGGACGCCGAGGACACGCCGUCGUUCAUCCGCGAGAACCGCCCGCCCGGGGCCGACAAAGUCCCGGUCCUCUUUUUCGACGACCCGCCUCGCUCCGGUGGCUGGAUCGCGCGCUCCAACCUGCGCGAGCUCGGCGAGUCGGCCGAGGCCGACCAGCUCUUCCUCUCGCGCGCCGCCCUCGUCUCGAACCGCCGCGCACGCCGUGCGACGGGCACGCGCACCAAGUCGUACCCCGAGAUGCUCGAAGACCUCGAGGCCGCGUUUUCUUGGGCCAUGGAGAACGCCGAAAACACGGACGACGAGCAGGAGCGUCUCGCCGAGGAGAAGGGCGCGACGGGCCCCGCGAGGAAGCAGGGCAAGGCCAAGGGCAAGCGCAGGGGCAAAGGGCCGGCGGCGGCGAGGAAGAAGCGCUGA